AAAAUUUUGUUGAUCAAGCUGCAGUCUUGAUGUGUUGAUUGAGGGUUUCUCGUAUGAUUUAUUUUGAUUCAAAUUGAAUCAGUCUUACAGUUUUAUUUUGAAUAAUUUGAUGGGUCUCGUUUUGUAUCAAGAAACUGCUAUUGUCAGUCAACUUCGCCCUAGUUCGUUAUUUGUUUGUAAUUCAGGAGUGUGAAAUCCAGGAAAUGAUUCUGGAAAAAACGUACAAUAAGCUGAAACAACAUUGUGUGACAAUCGGAUUCUAAGCUUCUCCCGGUCACUCGAAUUGGCAGUCUGGCUAGUACUCUUCUGUUGGGGGUCAAUAUGAGCUUCACUGGCCCUUCCAUGAGUUCUGGUGGUAAAACUGUUAGAAGGGCAUUGCAGUUUGGAAGGACCUAUGUGGUUAAGCCCAAAGGUAAACAUCAAGCCACUGUUGUUUGGCUACAUGGUCUGGGUGAUAAUGGUGCAAGCUGGUCCCAGCUCUUGGAGACCCUUCCUCUACCAAAUAUUAAGUGGAUUUGUCCGACUGCUCCAACCCAGCCAGUAGCUAUUUUUGGUGGCUUUCCAUCAACGGCUUGGUUUGAUGUUGGAGACCUUUCAGAAGAUGCUCCUGACGAUUUAGAGGGCCUGGAUGCUGCUGCUGCGCAUGUUGCAAAUCUGCUGUCGACUGAGCCAGCCGAUAUUAAACUUGGACUUGGGGGCUUCAGUAUGGGGGCUGCAACCUCCCUGUACUCUUCCACCUGUGUUGCAUCAGGAAAAUAUGGCGAUGGAAACCCAUAUCCUCCCAAUUUAAGUGCAGUAGUAGGGCUGAGUGGCUGGCUUCCAUGUGCAAAGACCUUGAACAACAAAAUACAAGGAGUGGAAGAAGCAGCAAGGCGUGCUGCAUCCUUGCCCAUUUUGCUGUGCCAUGGCAAAGUUGAUGAUGUUGUUCCUUACAAAUUUUGUGAGAAGUCCUCUCAGGCUUUAACCUCAGCUGGAUUUCGGGAUGUGACUUUCAAGGCAUACAAUGGGCUUGGACACUACACAAGCCCUGAGGAGAUGGAUGAAGUCUGUGGUUGGUUAACUUCAAAACUGGGGAUUGAAGGGUGCUCUUCUUGAUAAGAUGCAUUCUACAUGAAAGGGAUAUUGUUUGGUGGAUUUAAGCCCUCGAAGUGGUAAAAAAUGGUUCAAGUUUGUUAUAUAUGAUCACUAUUGCUUUAUUCACACCCAUUUGGUCCUUUGUACUUCGACCGUGUGUUGAACCUUAUGUUUAAAACACAUUUCCAUUGGUGUCCUAAUAUGCAAUAAGAUUGCUGCUGCUCUUUUUUCUUGAGCCA